AAAAUAGCAAGCGGCGGCCGCUGCAGCAGCGAUCGGCCGCGGGACCGGGCCAGGCCGGGCGGCGGGCGACCUCGGGGAGAGGCGGCGGCCAUCCAGGGCGGGCCGUGGUAGAAAAAAAAAAGUCGCGGCGGCGGCGGCUCGAGGAAGGAGGCCGGAGGGCCGCGUGCAGCGGGCGGGGGGCGGCCGCGCUGCGUCCGGGAGUCUAGAGCCGCCCGGAGGCGGCAGCGGGCAGAGGCGGCGGCGGCUGCAGAAGCGGCGGCGGCGGCAUCUCCUCCUCACAUGACCCCACUGUUUGUCCCCGUGAUCAGCGCGAGCGGCUCCCGUGUCUCCUCCGUCCCCUCCUGCCGCGCGGCGUGAGCGCCGGGCUCGGGGCCCCCCCGGCCCCCCGCCCCCUCCCCUCCCUCCCCCUCCCUCCCCUCCCCCCCCCGGGCCCCGCGCCCCCCCCGCCCCCGCCCCCCCCCAUGGACAUGCUGGACCCGGGUCUGGAUCCCGCUGCCUCGGCCACCGCUGCUGCCGCCGCCAGCCACGACAAGGGACCGGAGGCAGAGGAGGGCGUCGAGCUGCAGGAAGGCGGGGACGGCCCUGGGGCGGAGGAGCAGACCGCGGUGGCCAUCGCCAGCGUCCAGCAGGCGGCGUUCGGCGACCACAACAUCCAGUACCAGUUCCGCACAGAGAAUAAUGGAGGACAGGUGACAUACCGCGUAGUCCAGGUGACUGAUGGUCAGCUGGACGGCCAAGGAGACGCGGCCGGUGCUGUCAGCGUCGUGUCUACGGCUGCCUUUGCUGGGGGACAGCAAGCGGUGACCCAGGUGGGUGUGGAGGGGGCAGCCCAGCGCCCCGGCCCCGCCGCUGCCUCUGUGCCUCCAGGUCCUGCAGCACCCUUCCCCCUGGCUGUAAUCCAAAAUCCCUUCAGCAAUGGUGGCAGCCCAGCAGCCGAGGCUGUCAGUGGGGAGGCACGAUUUGCCUAUUUCCCGGCCUCCAGUGUGGGAGAUACGACGGCUGUGUCUGUACAGACCACAGACCAGAGCUUGCAGGCUGGAGGGCAGUUCUAUGUCAUGAUGACACCCCAGGAUGUACUUCAGACAGGAACCCAGAGGACGAUCGCACCCCGGACACACCCCUACUCCCCGAAAAUCGACGGCACCAGAACGCCCCGGGAUGAGAGGAGGAGAGCUCAGCACAACGAAGUGGAGCGGAGGCGGAGGGACAAGAUCAACAACUGGAUCGUCCAACUUUCAAAAAUCAUUCCAGAUUGUAAUGCAGACAACAGCAAGACGGGUGCGAGUAAAGGUGGGAUCCUGUCGAAGGCCUGCGAUUACAUCCGGGAGCUCCGCCAGACCAACCAGCGCAUGCAGGAGACCUUCAAGGAGGCCGAGCGGCUGCAGAUGGACAACGAGCUCCUCAGGCAACAGAUCGAGGAGCUGAAGAACGAGAACGCCCUGCUGCGGGCCCAGCUGCAGCAACACAACCUGGAGAUGGUGGGCGAGAGCACCCGGCAGUGACGCCCAAGCCACCGUGGGCAGGAGCCCCCUCUGGGCCCUGCCGCCCUUCCCCAGCCCUUAGCACAGAGAGGGACAGACGCCCCUCCCCCAGCUGCGUUUUUUUAUAGUAGAUUUUUAACAAAAACGGGGAGAAAUAAUGCAUUUCUGUGGAUACGGCACCCACCGCCCACCUCGACUUGGAAAGGACAUCCUCCCUCCCCCAUCUGCCUGUCUGUAUCCCCUCUCCUGGCCCCCACUAAGCCCCGGCACUCCUGGUGAUCGCACCUGGAGGCAGAGGGAGGAGGACAGAGGCCCUGCCGUAUCCCGCUGCCUCCUCGGUCUCCGGGGAUGCUGAGCCAGGGUGCUCGUGGGAAGAAGGGGAGCCUUUGGGGGCUCUCCCCAGGGCCUGGACCUGAGCAGGGAGGCCACGUCCCACCCUCACCUCUUGUUUCUGGAUCCCUGCUCCCCUUUGGGUGUGUGUGCGUGUGUGUUUGUGUGCGUGUGUGUGCGCGUGUUAAUUUUCUUUAUGGAAAAAAUGGACAAAAAAAUAGAGAGAGAGAGAGGUAUUUAACUGCAAUAAACUGGCCCCAUGCGGCCCCCGCCUUGUC